AUACGUCACUCAGGUAAUGGUGGAAGGUGUGGUGAAAGUUGCAUUCACUGGCUGGUUUGAAUUGAAAGACGAAGCCGUCGAGCUGGAAAAUCGGCUCGCAACACACCCGCUUGUGAAAACAUUGGAGUUGGACGUCUGUGUUUUAGUUACCUGCGCUGUUGACUGCGAAAGCCGCUAAAAUGAGCAAAAUAUCGAAAUUAUUCAAGGGCAGCUCCAGCUCGAGUUCAUCGAGCUCUUCAAAGUCCAAACACCACAAGUCGCGGGGGGGACCCUCUCCCCAGGAGGCCAUCCACAGACUGCGGGAAACCGAGGAAAUGCUGACGAAGAAACAAGAGUAUCUGGAGAAGAGGAUAGAGCAAGAAAUAGUGAUAGCCAAGAAGAAUGGCACUAAGAACAAGAGGGCUGCUCUGCAGGCCUUGAAGAGGAAGAAGCGCUUGGAGCAGCAGCUCACACAGAUCGAUGGCACACUCUCCACCAUCGAGUUUCAGAGAGAGGCUUUAGAGAACUCACACACCAACACAGAGGUCCUCAAGAAUAUGGGCUUCGCUGCCAAGGCCAUGAAGAAGGUCCAUGAGAACAUGGACCUUGACAAGAUAGAUGAUCUGAUGCAGGAUAUCACAGAGCAACAAGACGUCGCUCAAGAGAUCAACGAUGCUAUCUCCAGACCUUUCGGCGAGACAUUUGAUGAGGAUGAGCUGUUGGCAGAGCUGGCAGAGCUGGAACAGGAGGAGCUGGAGGAAAACAUGAAGACCAUGGGCGGGCUACCCAGUGUGCCCAGCUCCAAAGUGCCUUCUGGACGGCCCAGUCAGCGUGCAACAACCAAGAAAAGGGUUGAAGAGGAUGACGACAUGCGUAUGUUGGCAUCGUGGGCAACUUAAGUUCAGGCAACCGAAAGUGAUAUGGAGAUAUUAUAUUAAGGUUUUUUUUUUUUUGAUUCUUAAUGAAGAGCAUUAUAUUAUCUAAGAAACACCUGCUUCCUGCAUAACCUUAUAAUGCUAAUUUACAGGUUAUAUUUAUCACUAAAUGUAAUUUUUUAAGUGAAGGAAUAAACAAACUGCAAUUUUAAAUAUUCUUUUCUUUUCUUCACUGCUUUUUCUUUUUCAUUCGUCCUCUGUACGUAACCUCAGAAUCUACUGCUCAUAUAAGCCUAAUGAAGACAUUAAGAAGACAGUGAUGUUUUUAACACACUGAGCUAUAUGUUUUAUUCUGUGUCAAACUGCUGUAAAUAAACUUGGACUUUGCAAUAACAUUGUAAAUAUAUUGGGUUUUCAACAGCUCAACAAUAAAAUCACUUCCUAAUA